AUGAAAGUAUGCAAACGAAAAAACACCUUCAGACCUCCCUCCAAAACACAUUUUCCUGGCGGCCCACCUCCCACUUUGGGAAUCUCUGCUGUAGUUAACCGUAAUAUCUGCAGUGACCCGGGUCUCUUUUCCCUGCAGGAAGUUCACCACGAGCCUCAGGUCAGCUCCUUCCUGAAGGAUCAUGGGAGCCUCUAUCAGGAUGUGAAGUUCGUCGGGCCAGAGGAGCAGAUGGACGGAGCCGCCUCCAGAAACCUGGGCUUUGACAUGUGCCGGAAGGACGGGGCCUGUGAAUAUUUCUUCAGCGUGGACAUCGAAGUGGUUUUACAGAACGAGAACACACUCAAAAUUCUCAUUGAACAAAACCUUCCGGUUGUGGCACCGAUGAUAACUCGAUCUGGUCGCCUGUGGAGCAACUUCUGGGGAGCCCUCAGCGCUGAGGGCUACUACGCCAGAUCAGAGGACUACGUGGACAUAGUUCAAGGACGCAGAGUGGGUGUGUGGAACGUCCCGUACGUGUCCAGCGUGUACCUGGUGAAGGCCGGCCUCCUGCGAUCAGAGCUCACAGACUACGAGCUUUUUACCUCUCACCUAUUAGACCCCGACAUGGCUUUCUGCUUCAGCCUUCGCAGCAAGGGGAUCUUCAUGCAUGUCACAAACAUGCACACCUUCGGUCGUAUCCUGUCAACAGAAAACUAUCAGAGCGGCCAUCUUCAUAAUGACCUGUGGCAGAUCUUUGAAAACCCAGUGGACUGGCAAGAGCGCUACAUUCAUGAGAACUACACUCGCAUCAUGAAGGACAAGCUGAUUGAAACUCCGUGUCCUGAUGUGUACUGGUUCCCAGUUUUCACUGAGCUGGCUUGUGACCACAUUGUUGAAGAAAUGGAGCACUUUGGGAAGUGGUCAGGAGGACGUAAUGAGGACACUAGAAUCCAGGGUGGCUAUGAGAAUGUCCCCACGGUCGACAUCCACAUGAAUCAGAUCAACUAUGAAAAGGAGUGGCACAAAUUCUUGCUGGAGUACGUGGCGCCCAUUACAGAGAAAAUGUAUCCUGGUUACUACACCAAGUGUGCCACGCCCUUGAACUUUGUGGUGAGGUACAAACCUGACGAGCAGCCCCUGCUCGCCCCUCACCACGACGCCUCCACUUUCACUAUUAACAUAGCUCUGAACAGCAAAGGCGUUGACUACCAGGCUCACUUUGACUUGGCCUUUGUAGUUAGGUAUAAGCCAGACGAGCAGCCGUUUUUGAGACCGCACCACGACGCCUCCACAUUCACUAUAAACAUUGCACUCAAUCACAGGGGCCUUGAUUACCAGGGUGGUGGAUGCAGGUUUCUUCGCUAUGACUGCUCCAUUCAGUCUCCUCGGAAAGGCUGGGCCCUCAUGCACCCGGGCCGCCUCACCCACUACCACGAAGGCCUGCCGGUCACCAGUGGUGUCCGGUACAUCGCCGUGUCCUUUGUGGAUCCCUGAACUCCCAAAGACAGCAUGCAUCACCGACUUCUCCAGACCAACCAGGACACCCUGAUCCUGCAGCGUCACAGCUGCUCGCUAGCUUUUCCUCUUUUCAUCACUCCAUCUGUUCUCUUGUUCUUUUCAUCCCCCUCUUUGCUUGUUUUAAUGUCCAAAAUGAUUUUGUUUCUGUCUCACUGAAAGAAUUACCUGCAGUGUGAAACAUGAACACAGGUGCUCAGUGGAAGAACAUGUGUUGGAGGAGAACUUGGUCCAAAGUAACACCUAACAUGUUUAAAAGUGUUUGUGACCAGCAAACAGGCACCAUAAGUUUCUCCAAGAAAAUGGACGUGUUACUUUAAGUCCCUUUGACAUUGCAAGGAAGCAAGGUUGGCCCAAUACAAUGUGGUGGCGAGCUGCGACAGCUGAGUGAAAGGAGACAGGGCGUCAAAGUCUCGUGUCCCGUCAGGGGCGAGUUAAGUGAAUUACUUUAGACCCAGUUCUCAUUUAAAUUCUGGAAUAAUGUUUUCCUCUUCCUGAUGUGAAUAUGAUGUCACCUGGAUGUAGCAGUGUUCAGGCCGUGUACAAACGUCACCUCAGGCGUCAGUCUGUCAGUUCAGAGGUCACAGCUGUCUGAUCACCAGCUGUAGGAGAAAAGGAUGCCUGCCACCAGCUUCGGUGGUGCAGCUGCUGAUCCAUGUUUGGUUCUGGUCGGUCUGGAGUGUAUCAAUAAUGCCUUGAGCUGGACUUCUCUCAGGAAACCACCAGUCCAGCAUAGACUCGUCCUUCUUACAUGUUGUAUUUUUACUUCACCGUUUCUGCUGUUCUCCAACUCUCUCUAAAGCCUGCUAACACUUAUUUAUUUUUUGUACAUUUUAUUUGACAGAAAGCAACACUCCCAGAUUUAUCUUGCAUCUGCAAUAUAUAAAUUGUGUGAUUCCAUGUUUCCAGGUCAGUUUGUAAAAGUGUAACAUGCUCAGUUUCUGUCACUGCGCUUCAAACACAACCUGAAUAAAACAGAACCCAACUGAAGAGCAUCUGAA